UUUGUGACUGUAUAUCUCUCUGGUUUCUCUCCACAACUUGUAGUUCAGUGACAUCAAAUCAUAGUACUGAGUGUGACUUAGAGACUAGAGGGGAAACUCAGAUCUCAGAUCCAUUCAACAACAUUCAUAGCUGGGUUGCAUCCAUCCAGGCAUUGUGCGGCGAAUUUCAAAUUUGGGCACAACCUCGAAGAGAUCAAGACCCUGUAAUGGCGAACACUGCCCUGGGAGAAUCUUCCUCAACCUCUGGUACUUCUAAUUCAACUCCGACUUGGAAAUAUGACGUCUUUCUAAGUUUUAGAGGAGAAGAUACUCGCUUGAAGUUUACAGAUCACUUGUAUCAUGCUCUCACUAGAAGGGGGGUCAGGACUUUCAGAGAUGAUAAAGGACUUGAGAGAGGAGAAGUUAUAUCAGCACAGCUCAUUCAAGCAAUUAAGGACUCUCGCUGUGCAGUUGUGGUUCUCUCUCAAAAUUACGCAAAUUCCAAAUGGUGUUUGAAUGAACUACAACAAAUUCUUGAAAGCAGGAAAGAAAUGGGUGGACGAGUUUUUCCCAUCUUCUAUGAUGUAGAUCCAGCUGAUGUAAGAAAUCAAAGAAAAAGAUUUGGAGAGGCUCUGUCGGAACAUGAGAGAUUCAGAGGAAACAUGGACAAAGUGACGAAUUGGAGAAACUCUUUGUCUGACAUUGGCAACUUGUCUGGUUGGGACACCAGACUUCGGCCUGAAGCGCUCCUUAUUGAUGAAGUAGUUGGAGCAGUAUGGACAUAUUUAUGUUCCAAGUUACCAUCUUAUGAUGAUAAUCUGGUUGGCAUAGGACGAAGAAUGGUUGAUCUAAUGUCAUGCUUGGAGAUUGGAUUGGAUGACAUUCGCUUUGUGGGCAUAUGGGGUAUGGGCGGUUCUGGCAAAACAACUCUUGCAAGAGUUGUUUAUGAAGAAAUCUCAGGCAGAUUUGAAAUGUGUUCCUUUCUAGCCAAUGUUAGAAAAACUUUGCAAAAAGAAGGCCCAGUCUCUUUGCAGAAAAGUCUUCUUUUUGAUCUUGGACUAAAAACAAAAAUUCAUGAUGACUAUGCAGGAAUGAAGAUGAUAAGAAAGCUUGUCUGCAAUAAAAAGGUUCUUCUUGUCCUUGACGAUUUAGAUAAUAUGAGUCCAUUAGAGAAGUUGGUUGAAAGUCCAAAUGGGUUUGGUAAAGGAAGCAGAAUAAUUAUCACAGCAAGAGAUAAGCAUGUGCUCACCUCAUGUGGAGAGAAAAUAUAUGAGAUAAAAACCAUGGAGAAACAUGAGUCUCUUCAACUCUUUUCUAAGAAAGCAUUCAAGAAAGAUCAUCCUGAAGAAGAUUAUUUGGAGUUGUCCGAAUCUGUGGUUGCAUGUGCAGGAGGUCUUCCUUUGGCACUUAAAGUUUUGGGUUCUUAUUUUCGUGGAAGACCUAAAGAUGAUUGGACUGAUGCUUUAGAUAAAUUGAAACAAACUCCAAAGGAUGAUAUUCUUCGACAACUUAGAAUAAGUUUUGAUGGAUUGGAUGAGAAAGAAAAGACAAUAUUUUUGGACAUUGCUUGUUUUUUCAGGGGACGGAGAAAAGAUGAUGUGACCCAAGUUUUGAAAGGUUGUGAUCUAAACCCAAAAACUGGAAUAAAGGCCUUGAUUGAAAAAGCUCUGCUUGUUGAAACAGAACAUCCCUCAUUGGGAUAUCCCACUUUAGAGAUGCAUGAUUUACUUGGACAACUGGGUAGGGAUAUUAUUCAACAGGAAUCUCCCAAUAUUGGCAAGCGUAGCAGGUUGUGGGAGUUAGAGGAUAUUAAGGAAGUAUUGGAAAACAAGAAGGGAUCUGAAGCAAUAGAAGCUAUUGUUAUGCAAGAUUAUUAUUUCAAACCAGGAAAAAUAAAUGUACACCUUAAAGCCUUUUCAAAGAUGAGUAAUAUUAGAUUACUUAUCAUAUCAUGGAAUACUGAUAUUCUCGUCUUACCAAAGAAAUUGAAACUUUCUCAUGUCCAAUGCCUAAUUGGCGCAGCAAAAGUUGUUCAAUGGCCAUCAUUUCCUUUUGAAACUCUCCCACUUCGUUUGGGCAAACUUGCUCACAUUGAAAUGUGUCAUAGCAAAAUUAAGCAACUAUGGGAUGGCAUACAUUUUAUGAAGAAGUUGAAAUACAUCAAUCUGAGCAAUUCUCAAGAUUUGACCAAAACUCCGGAUUUCUCAGGGGUUCCAUAUUUGGAACAUUUAAUACUUCAAGGGUGCAAAUUCCUUGAAGAGGUUGAUCCCUCGCUUGGAGAUUUGAAACUACUGAUCACAGUGAAUUUGUCUUUCUGUGAAAAUCUUAUAUGUCUUCCAGCGAAAAUGGAAACAAAUUCUCUGGAAAAAUUAGAUCUUCGGUGUUGUACAAAAGUUCCAGCGCUACCAGAAUUUGGGGAAGGUAUGAAAAAUUUAAAGUAUCUUGAUGUGAGAAAUACAGCGAUAACUACAUUUCCUAAAUUUCUUGGAUCUUUGACUGGUCUUGAAUAUUUUAAUUUUACGAGGAGUUGAGAACUUCUUGAUGUUGACAAGUUGUUGAAGACUCUCAUGAUGAAUCGCUGAAUUUCUAGCUUGAAUCUAAUGUUAUUAAUAGUUAUCUUUUAAACAAGUGUGGUUUAAAUGAUGGAUCAAUUCCUGAUGAUUUUGGUAGUCUAUCUGCACUAAUUGUAUUAGAUCGAAGACCAUUUUUUUUUUUUUGGGUUAAUUAUAUGCCCACUGGUUGCUUUUGUAGUCUUUUCCGAUCUCUAUCUUUUUUCUGCAUGAUUGCAAGUGAUGUAAGUCGUUACCAAGGCUCCCACCACAGUUAAUUCAAUUAGAUGCCUACUGUUGUAGUUCAAUGGAAAGUUGGAAACUGCAUCAUAUAAACUAUUAUGGAAUUUCACUGCU